AUUCCCGACAAAAUAAAAAUUUGAUAAUGAUAACACAAUCAUAAUCAACAUCAAACAUGAAACUGAAACCGACACCGACAGAUUGAAUUUGAAUUUGAAUUUUUCUAUCCCCAACGUCGGACGGCAACAGACAGCAAUCGCAAUCGUUAAUUUCAUCAUUUGCCAUGAAUGAGCAGAAGGAAAGUUUAGAGGAGAAAAUCGCUCGCAUACGCAGACAAAAUGCGGAAAUUGAACGACGGAAAAAGAUGAUAGACGAAGAAAAAAAAGAUGCGGAAAGAAAUAACGCUAUGGUGAAGUUGAAGAAUAACGCGAUUGAGUCAAAAGAAGAUGAAAAAUUCGGUGCUACUCUAUAUUCAGACCAACUGGAAGUGGAAAAAAAAGUUGUCAAACCUCCCGAGGAUGAUCUGUGGAAUGUGAAGCCUAGGCAGAGAAGAUGUGCUGCUCAAAUCAACAAUAUGGAUGAAGCAUGGCGCGAAGAACGAAAACGCAUAGAUGAUGAACGGAUUCAGAGACAAAAGGCGAAUUCAGGCUCUUGGAAGAGGGAAUGGGAUGCUGAUAAAAUUGCGUCUAGUAACGAGCAGGACGACAGAAUAUCCAGGGACACUGGGAAUAGAUUUAACCGUGGCAAUUCGACCGCUGAAAGAUCUGAAAAUCGUGGAGCCUACAACGAAUCUAAAGGAAGCUUCAGUCAACACAGUACGAAUGAAGAAGGUAACACUCAAAGUCGUUGGAAAACCGACAGUUCAUUUCAGAGAACGUAUUCUGAACGACGUACUACAGACAGUUAUGACAAUCGAAAGCCGGUCAGAACUGACAACUGGAAAACCAAUGUAUCGGAAACUGAUAGAUACAAUAAUAACGCAACUAAGUCAUUUUCGAAAAAUAACGCAAGAAGCGCUAAUCAAAAUACGUCUUUUAUUGCGAAAAAUGACCAACAUAAAGUAGAAUGUUGGGAUCCCAUCGAGUCAAAUUCGAAAACCAGUCCACGGAAUGGCAUUCAAAAUACACGUAUUACUACGAGAAACGAUCAGUGUCAGGAAGAAUGUUGGGAUACUUUAGUGACACAUUCAAGGAACUAUAGCAAUAGUGAUGUCCGGAAUACAUCUUCUGCUACGAAAAAUGAUUCGUUUAAAAGAGAAAAUCAGGAUACUGCGAAGUCAUUUUCGAGAAACAGCUUAAGAAGUGGUAUUCAGAGCACUCCUCAUGGCACGAGAAACAAUCAGCAUCAGGAAGAAAGUUGGGAUACUACAAAACCAUAUUCAAAGAACCGUACCCAUAGUGAUGCCCAGAAUACAUCCUGUGUUACGAAAAAUGAUUCGUUCAAAGGAGAAAAUCGGGAUAAUACGAAACCAUUUUCGAAAAACAAUGCAAAAAGUGGUAUCCAAAGCAAUCCUUUUGCUACGAAAAAUGAUCAGUUCAAGGAGGAAAAACGGGCUUUCAAAUCUUCCAAUGUAGCACAGUCUAUUAAUCCAAAAUCAAACGAACGGUUGCCUGGCGGAGAUGCCCAACCUCAAGUCAAAGUUCUAGAAAAAGACCGAUCGUCGGUCACUCAAAGCAGAAUAAAGUCUUCGUUCAGCGUUGAUAAUCCUGCGCAUAGUAAGUCAUUUUCUUCGAAUAAUUUUUGGAAAUCUGUAUCUCCCGGAAAGGAUUCUGUAAACAUAGAAGAAAAUGAUAUUGAUACGAGCGAGGAAAUUCCAAAAGACUUGGCAAAUAUCGUCGUACAAGUGAGAAAUAUUGGAAUUUCAUGCGAUAACCGACAAGUUAAAGUACUGAAUGAUUCAAAAAAUAAUUCCGGUGUUCCAAACUUUUUAUGUAAUACGAAUACUAGUCGAGAAACAGAUCCUGUGAUUUCACCUAGUUACGGUAGCAUGACUUUCGAACGUUCUGAUCUAAGACAAAAAAUAACUCCUCAGUUCUCGUUUGAUUCUUCACCAUCGUCAUCUAUAGCUACUCAGUUGUUUUCCAAUUCUAAAAUUAACCACAACAGUCCAGUCCCUAACGAUGCUAAUUCAAAGUCAAGUACGUUUCCUAUCUUCGCCGAUAGUUAUAAACCUGAAGCUCUUAGCAGCUUUCCUACGACAACGGUUUUUCAAUUUUCUGCUCCACCGAGUACGCCGGACUUCGGAGAUAUUAUCCAUAAUACAAGCACUUCCCCAGAUGUAAAAAUCGUCAGAACUAUAAGAAGUGAAAAUAUCAAGCUCGUUAAAGAACUUCCAAAAAAGAAUAUUCGUGAAAAUGUGAAGAAAAUAACUACUUCUCGAACGGGUAAAGAUAAUCGUAAGAAAACGUAUGAUGAAGUAAGACGUAAUGAGAUAGUCAAGAAAGAGCUGGAUGAAACUGAACUUGAGGGAGAUGACGAAGAGUGGGAGGAUUGUUCCGAUGAGGAAGAUGAAGAAGAAUUUGACUUUGCCUAAUAUUAUUAGUUUUCUAUUCGGUCCAUGUCGUUAUUUUGUUCACUAUACGUAUGUACUUAAUUGAUAUUAAGGAUUUGUUUAUUAUUAAGUGCAAUUUUUGUUAUAUUGUUUACUGUUUCCUUGUUUUUUUAUUAGGUACCUUUACUAUCCCGGUUAAUUUAUUUAUAAAGCAAGUUUGAGGGUAAUGUUAUUGAUUUUGUGAUGUUUUUCCCAUUUAAUCUCAUUCGGAUUUGCUAACUUAUUGAAUAAUUCAUGCGGAGAUGUGUAUUCGGGAAGUUUUUUUUUCAAAAGAUAUUUCGAUUAAUGUAAUCUUUUGCUAACGUUAAUUACUAUCAUCAAUAAAAAACACUCCGUAAAAAUGAA